AGGUUGAGCCGACUGAGUUCCAUAGAAAUUUUGACAGCUUCACAGGUGAGACAACCGUCCAGAGGCUGUUUCACUUUACGUUUCUGUUUCUUUUUCCCCCGAACCCCCAUUCACUGUGAGCCUGGGGUUGCCACAGUCAAAAAACAACCAUUCGAAGUCUAAUCACUCCGGCAGCAUGAGCAAAAAGAAAAAGGACUGGAAGACUGAAAAAGAGAGACUGCUCCGUCUGGACCGGGAGGAGAGGCGCAAAGAUUAUCGUCGUCAAGAUUUUAUACCUCUGGACAAGAUUUCAACCUGGAGAGAGGAAAAUAUUUCCAAUGACAGGGGAGAGGAGGAGGAGCUGACAGGUGGAGGAUGGCUGAGUGACAAAGUAUCUCUCUACAAAGGGGACAUUACUGUCUUGGAAGUGGACGCCAUAGUAAAUGCUGCAAACUCAAGUCUUCUAGGAGGAGGGGGAGUUGAUGGCUGCAUACACAAAGCGGCAGGGUCCUGUCUGUAUGAUGAGUGUUACUCACUAAAUGGCUGUGAAACCGGCAAAGCCAAGAUCACCUGCGGCUAUGAUCUCCCUGCAAGAUAUGUGAUCCACACUGUCGGCCCAGUGGCCAGAGGUCAUGUAGGUCCUUCAGAGAAGUGUGACCUUACCUCCUGCUACCAGAACUCCCUCGAUCUGAUGACGGAGCAUGGCUUGACCUCUGUGGCCUUCCCAUGUAUUUCCACAGGCAUCUACGGCUUCCCCAAUGAGCCUGCAGCUGAUAUUGCUCUGAGCACGGUGAAGAACUGGAUCGAAAAAAAUCCUGAUAAGAUCACUCGGGUCAUUUUCUGUGUCUUCCUUGAGACUGAUUUUGGAAUCUACAAGAAGAAAAUGUCAGUCAUUUUUCAAGAUAACACGCCACCAUCAACAAAAUCUACAACCAAGGAAGAAAUUGAGGACAGUAACAGAGGUAAAGAGGAAACUGGUGAUGAAGAGGGGUGUGAUAAUGAUGUGGAGCUAAAUGAAGAUGUGGAGAUGGCAAGUCAAACCCCAGAUGAAAAUCUACCUAACGUGGAGCCAAAUCAAGAGCAAUGUGAUGAUGAACAUGAAAACCAAGACAAAGCAGAAGAUCUAGGCACUGAUAACGAGAAUGACAACAGUGAAGAAAAAGGCAUCGACAACAAUAAUGAUGAAGACAAAGACGAAGAGAAAUCUGCUGCAAAGAAAGAAGAUGACAACACAGCCAAGCCCACUGUGGAGAUGGAAGAUUUAUCUGAGAUCAACAAUGACACCAGCAAUGGAGAGGAGAUAAAAGAUGAUGUUGAGGGCUCCCAAGAAACUGACACCGUUCCACCCAAAGGAGCAGGCGGCAGGCAGGCAGUUUGUACCUGCUCCUCCAGGGCCAAAAGCAUUUGUAAAUCUACUCUUCCCAUUGCAGACCCUGCCGAGAAGAAAGAAUGACUAACCAAGAGGAAACACUUCAACCUCAUCUGACAGCCAGCAAACUGUGCGAAGGCCAACCACACCGUGUCAGAAUGGCCCAUGUCAGUGUGGGCUCUGACACUGGCCCAGGACAACCAGUUACUCACAUCAUGCUCACAUCUCCAACUUUACUUAGCCCCACUUUGUUAGGAAACCAUUCAUUCCUGAAGUAUGUAUGUACUGUAUGUAUAUGUAUGUACAAAACCUUACUAUAGGACUUGAACAUAUCAGCCAGAAAAGAUGAGCCAUACCUCACUGUGUGUUAGUCAUUCAUCAUUUUGCCAGCAGGGUGCAAUGAAACAAACCAGGUUCAAGUCUCUUUAUUUGAAAAAAAAACCCACUGUGAGAGCAUGAUCAAGCUGUCAGAGGACAACAGCCACAGCUUCUACAUUUUGGAACUCCAGACUGGAUGACGUUUAACAUCGACCAUCCUUCAGUCAUUAAAGCUCAAACACCACUACAGUCAUAGCAGCAUUAAACAGUUCAGUAUACUGCAUUUUUAAAGCUUUUUGGAGAACCACUCAUUAACACCUUCCCUGUGUCCUCGCACACUGCUGCAAUGCCAAGUCAAAGCAGCCAAUAGCUGUAAGGCAGUGUGUCACAGAUCACACCUAAACAAGGAUGCGAGUGUCUCUUGAUAAAUCGAUCAGUUCUUUUCUUUCUAUUUUCAGUGCAUGCCAGAAAAUUGCUUUGAGUUUCACCAACAUAAACAAGAACUGCAGUAUUCUUCGCUUUUGCUUGUUUCCCUUUCCAGAUUGUCUAUAAUUUUAUGGAAGGAAUCUGCCUUAUUUCAUAUCAAAAAAACAAAUUCACAAUCACAGACCUGAGGAGGCUGUCGUAGUAUGAACUCUUGGUUGUGUGUUGCUUGCAGAUGAUUUGUAUUUUUAGGUACAUCAUGUUAUGGCUAAUAUCUGUUGUUAAUCAUUUCUUGGGUUUUCCUUGGUUGAUUUUAAAAAUUGUUUUGGGUUCUUUUUAACUGUUGGUUUGAUUCAUUGAUUAUUUUGAGUGGUGCCAUACUAAAGAUCAGAUGAAGUACAGGUCUAUGAAAUGAUGCCUUCAUACUUUGAUGUUUGCUUUGCUAAACUAUACUGAAACAUCUAAUAAAGUUUAAACUCAAA